AUGAUUAGAGUACCGGACGUAAAUAUUGGUGCACCGCGAAGCUCGUCACAGAGUUCAGAUAGUGAAUUCAGUUCCUUAGCAGCUCUAGAAAGUUCCCCUAAUGAACAUUUCUCAUUGAUCAAGAUACCUUACAUUCCGCCUUUCGACUCACCGGAUUCGCCUGUUCUGGACAUUGAAUUCAGUCCGUUAACAAGGGUUGACCGUUAUCUGCGCUACAUGGCGAAACUGCGCUAUAAGGCAGCGGAAGCUAAUGACCAUAGUUCUCUUUCAGAUGGUUCAUCGUCAAGUUCAGACAGUGAAUUCGUUCUGUUUCGUGGCGCCGGACCGAGCACUGUUAAGUUGCUGGACAUUAGCGACAGCGAUUCGCCAAAAGUACUUGAUCCUAACGUCGAAACCGUUGCCAGUUUUUACCUAGAUGGUGGUCCGGAUUUCCACGUACGAUCAGACACCCGGACUGGCCUUUCAAUCUGCAGAGACUCAAGGAACGUAACGAAUUUGGAUCAGCGAGUGGCGCGUGGCAGCAAAAAAACUUUUACUUACUUAUUGGAUAUAUGCCACGAAAUGCGUCACAGCACGUGUCCUCGAGUAUUCGUGACAAAGGCGACUAUAAUUAGCAUAGGCAACCAGUUAAAUGCAAAUCUUGGUACUAAAUGGACUAUGACCGUCUACGUGAAUGACGGAACCAUAGGAAUCGAAUGUUCGUUGGUCGACAGUAUGCUGAAGGAUUUCAUUGGUUUCACAGCGCAUGAAGCAUGGGGGAUCCAAAUCGGGACGGUUAAGGAUUUGUCGGCACGGUUAGCUGCUCUUAAGGGUGUGAAGAGCUGCGGAGCGUUUUUACAAGAGUUUGAUGGCAUGAUACACAUAAAGUUCUUUCCACCCACAGUAUUGAAUACCCUUCCGGUCAUAAUGAAAUUUGAGCGACUCAACGAUGCGGAUUUAGAUUGCAUGUGUUACUCGUCAGAAAGCAUUGGCGACCAGUGA